AUGGCCCCGUCUCCCACCGAGAUCAAAGCCAUCUUUGAUGCAAUUUACCAAGGGGGAAUCGCCCAGAACCCGUUCUCACAGGAGCCAGAAAGAUUGGAACGAUUUCUGUCUCCUCACGCAGAGAUCCACAUCGUGGGCCAGGAGUUUCCCCUCGCUAUUCAAAGCAACAGCCUAGAUGCUGUCAUAGAAAAUGUCGCCCGGCCAUGGCAUAACCUGUUGGACCCGAAUAAGCCCUCGACAUCCGAAGUCAUUCGCGUGAUAGGUGGCGGGAGCGAUUCAUGGGCCGCACUCGAUUGUAAAACCACGGCGACGACUAAGGCAGGCAAGUUAUUCCAUGGAUGGGAUCGCGUGUCUCCUCUUAUGGCUAAUCAAUAUCGAAUAGGAGAACCGUUUCUUCAUGAAUUUGCCUACUUGCUACACUUUGAUGGUGAUGGGAAGAUUUCUGAGAUCAAGGGAUUUGUUGACACUCUGAACAUUCAUAACCACCUGGUGCGCAAACAAUAG